GUCAAGGGGAGUACUAUUCGCCACUACUAGUUGUAUUUGAGAGGGCGUGUUGAAUCACACUAACCCAGAGCAUUUUACACCCAAGCGGAUAAACAGACCAGCUUCACUCAACAGGUCUGAAUCGGACGGAUUUUAGCUGUACUGGACUGAAGUCGACUAAUAAUUGUAGAACAAUGGCUACUCACAAGCGGAUCCUGGGCGCCCCGAGGAACGGCCCUGUCCGACGAAACCUGUUCGGCCCAGUCGACAGAGAGCAGCUGCAGAUGGACUACCAAGCUGCCCUGCGGAGGGACCUGGAGGAGGCUUGCCAUCGAUGGGGCUUUGACUUUCGCUCGGAUAAACCUCUGGAGAACAGUGAUUUCCAGUGGGAGAAGGUCCAGGAAAGCAAGGUGCCGCUUCUCUACAGAUCCUGUCUGCUUGGUCCAGGACAUGCAGAAGGUCCGAGGGUGGCAGAGGCAGCGGUUCAGCCCAGGGAAGGAGGAAGGGUGGGGCUGCCACAGAGUGAGAAGGAGAACAUCCCAUGUUCCCCAGAGAGAUGUGCACUCAGCCAGGAGAACCUGGAGAAGACACCAGGGAGAGGGGAGAACACAGGGCUGAAGAGGAAACAGACAAACAUUACAGAUUUCUAUCAGGCUAAAAGAAGAGUGGUCGGGAUGCCGCGCAAAUCCGGCGAGUGAUUUUCGGUGCAGUUUGCUGCAACGGUGCCAAAAUCCCAAGAGAACCACACAAACGGCACUGCUCUCAGGAAGUCUGCACUCUGCACAGAGUGUGCACACGCUCUCACCAGGAGGUGUUGGACCCAGAGAAUCAUCUGAAAAUACAAGGCACCUCAGCAAAACAUCGUAUUUAUAAAUAACUGAGGUUAAUUAGGGUUCUGUGUUUACUCUGAGGGGAGUUGGUGCUUUUCCCAGUGGUAAGAAGGGGACAUUUGAGCAGAGGAGAUUAACAGUAAUCCCUCAAAUCAGUGGAUUUAUACUCAUUUGGAUCAUGGUGAUGCCAAAAUGUUGACUGACAUUUCCUACUGUAUAUUCCACAGUGCUGCUGUGUAGAGAGACUGUACCUCCAGCUGUACGGAGGAAUGAUGGAUGAACACAUUACUGUACACACUUGAAACCGAUGAAAUGUCGUUUAUAAUCAUUAAGGAGUGGCUGUGACAAAUCUGCAGAAUGGUAGAGAAGGAUGAAGCCCUUUUGACUCAUUUGUUCAAAUCCACCUUUGUUAUUUAACAAUGGUUUUUUUUUCUUUUUGUGAAUCAUGAGGGCUCACGAUCAGGAGUCAUUUUCUUAGUUGCAGUCCUUUUUUUCUACCAUCAUGUACUCAUAUGAACAUGUUUUCAUAUCCUGCACAUGCAGUUGCUUUGCUUUAGAUUAAUAUUGACAGAAGUGCCAUCAUGUCUUUCAUUCCUUCCAUCUGCUGUAUGUCAAUUGAUCUUCUUCAAGUGCCCUCUCCGGAUUCUGACAUGUGUACAGCACCAGAUAUUGUAGGUUAGGAGCGUAGAAACACUUAUAUUUAGAAAUAUAUAUCAGAGAUUUAUCUAUAGAGUUUAAUACAGCACCAUAAAGUAACAUGUUCAGAAAAAAACAUUGCAGUAUUGCACAUCUGAUAGAAAACACACAGUAUCAAGUGCCUUUAUGGUACUUUAUUUUUUUUUAGGUAUUUGAAGCUCCUUUAAGGAAAAUCUGAAGAAAGUGUUUUCAGAAGCAAAUGUAUAAUUUACUAAGCUAAAGUGCUCUAUUCUUUUUUUUUAUUAGGAAGUAUAGUGCAAUUAUAACAGACAAUGUGUUAUUAUCUGCCUCAAAAAAAUGUUGGUUCUUGACACUUAUUUAUGUUGGUAAAUGCUGUUGCUAUGGUUGAUCUGUCAAACAUGGUCACUGUAAUGCUGAAUCUUAACCAACUGGCAGCGUAGCAAUAACAGCAUUACCAUAAACGAUGAAUGCACUUCUGUUUUUAGAUGCUUGUGCACAGGUCCCACUUAUUGUUUUUUGUUAAAAGCUACAAAUGAAAAUAUAUAUCCUUAUUUAUUGUAUAUAUUACGCCUUGUGUUCAUUUUGUUUGUUUUAUUAUUCUGAUAAUUCCAAUAAACUGUUCAAAUGAAA